AUAAAUAUAUAUUUUCUUCCUGAAAAUUCGAAAGAUCUAUAAUAUGUCGAUUCCUUUCAGCGGAACAUUACGAAGGUCUGGAGGAGUGGUUUCUGCAAUUGGAAAACAACUAAGAGCUGUGAAUUUGAAAGCUGCAAAGAGAAUUACUGUUAAGUUCGACCCUUUUGGCAACAACGUUACUGAAACAAGAAAUUUCCUGCACUACAUAAGCUCACCAAAAAUCGCCUUAACAAAUCCUAAUUGUGCUCUGAAAACUGACAUUAUUUGUGACCGCAGCGAACCUACCAUAGAUAUCCUCCUUACACCUUCAAUAGCUGAAACUGCUAGUUACAAAAAAGUCACUCUUAAGAGUGGUAACCUAACUUGUUUGGAGCUGCUACAGUUAUUAAAUAAACACAUUUCGGCUCUAGCACCUGUAGAGCAACCAGUUUCAACAAUACAGACCAAAUCAGAAAAGAAAAAGACUAAGAAGAAGUGAAGAUGGGGCGCAACACCAAAGGAGGGUUCCUUCAGGUAGUGGAGGAGUUCUAUAGUCACAUACCGGCAUUCACUGAUGUGUUCUCUGAGGACACAUUCUAUGUGUUUGUUGUAAUCUUUGUCAUGUCAACAAUCUUGGUUGCUUUUAUUCUAUCUCGAUUUGUUACAAUUAAACCAGUGGAUUAGUUAGCCUAAUAUUCAAUGUACAAACAUGUUUAAAUAUAUACAUAUAUAAUUA